CUCCUCCGACGAGUCUCAGAGACUCUCGCCUCUUUCUUCUUCUUCUCAGUCGAUUGAUCCCUAGCGCCACCUCCUCUUCGAGUUUCAGAGAUUCUCGCCUCUCUUGCCGCCUUCUCUUCAAAGCCACAAGCCACACGCAGGUAAAUUAUCCUGUCAAUAUCAUUAAGAGUUUUAAGCUUGAUUUUCAUGCGCCAUAAUACACAGCAUUGUCAUGCACAACUGUGUUAAUUGGGUUUGUGACAAAGGAAGCGUGUGGAAGCUGAUGCGAUGGCAGCAUCUAGUAAAUGUGAUUUAUCUUCUGGUAGCCCAGAUAGGCCAUUAUACACCACUGGGCAGCGUGGAUCCUACACAGGUGCUUCAUUGGACAGAUCGUGUAGCUUCCGAGAGAACAUGGAGAACCCAAUCCUGUCUACUCUUCCAAAUAUGUCAAGAAGCAGUUCAGCAGCAACACAAGGAGAUGCAGUGAAUUUUAUUCAGUGCUUGCGAUUUGAUCCAAAAUUGAUUGUUGCAGACCAUAAAUUAAACCGACAUGGGGAUUUUAGGCAACUCACCAGCGUUGCUCUUGGCAUUCCACCAGAUGAUUCUCCAGCUUCUUCUUUGAAAGGCAAACUGCUGCCUUCUCCCCCACCUGAAGAGCUCAAACGACUCAAGUCUGGUCUUCGCGAAAGCUCCAGUAAGGCCAGGGAACGUGUGGGGAUGCUGAAUGAGGCCCUGUCCGUAAUCAACAAGUGUCUUCCAAGCGUUACAUCAAGGAAGCGAUCUCGAUCGGAUGUUUUUGCUAGUGACAGAUCCAAUGCUUUAUUCCCAAGUGAUAGGUCAGUUUUGGGAGCAGGCAUUGGUAAGAUUGGGGCUCAGUGUCAAGCCAUUGCAACUGGUUUUGAACUUGAACAACAAAAACCAGUGGAAAGGACAAAAAAUUCUGUUCCAAACAGACGCACCCGAACUUCUAUGGUGGAUAUGAGGGUGGAUGUGCGGGCAAAUACCCCUGCAAGGCCAUCUGGGAAUGUAGACAAGGAUAGGGAAAUGGUAAGACUUCCGAGUAGUAGUGCACUUCAAUGUGAGGAUCGAACAUUUGGUGUUGAUGGUUGGGAAAAGUCAAAAAUGAAGAAGAAGCGUUCUGGGAUAAAGCCAGAUGGUGCUGCUAGCACAUUGGGUAUGAAACCUAUUGAUGGCUAUCGGGAGCCCAAAGAAGGAAUACAGCCAAGACUUCUUCCUGAUGGUCGAUUGAGAUUGAAUGAUACCCAUGGGUCAAGGCCUGCCAUUGCUAAUGAGGCUGUUGGAGUUGCAAAAGCUGAUAACACCUUGCAACAGACUGGCUUGGGCAUGCGUUCUUCGAUCCCUAAGGCUGACCAAGAUAAUAAUGCCUUUCUUAAUGAAAGAAGAGAUCACCCUACUAGUUCAGAAAAGGAAAGGGUGAAUCUCAGAGCUGUUGGCAAGACAAAUGCUCGAGAAGAUUUGAGUGUGGGUAGUCCUACCUCAACCACAAAAGUGAAUGCAAGUGCUCGGGCUGCACGGUCAGGUUCAGGUGUUUUACCCAAGUUUUCCCCAGUGGUUCAACGGGCAGCUCCUGCUAAUGAUUGGGAACUUUCUCCUUGUACAAGCAAACUUCCUGCAGCUGUUGGGGCUAACAAUCGUAGGCGUACACCUGCAGCCCGAUCUUCAUCACCAUCUGUUGCCCAGUGGGCGCCACAAAAGAAUUCCCGUACAGCAAGAAGAACCAACUUUGUUCCUAUUGUUUCCAGUAAUGAUGAAACCCCUGCUUUGGGUAGCAUACCUGAUGUUGGGGGCAAUAAGAGUGGAUCAGGAUAUGCAAAACGAUUUUCUGGAAAUUCUCCUCAGCAAGGUAAAUUAAAAGGUGAUCAUUUUUCAUCUACUGCCUUAUCAGAAAGUGAGGAGUCGGGGGCUACCGAAAUGAAAUCUAAAGAGAGGGGCAAGAAGUCUGACGAGAUGGAUGAGAAAGCUGGGCAGAACAUUCAAAAGGUAUCAUCCUUGAUUCUGCCACCAAGGAAGAAUAAGGUGCUUAAUGGGGAUGACCUUAGAGAUGGUGUUCGGAGGCAAGGGAGGACUGGGAGGGGUUUUACAUCCUCUAGGUCUCUCAUGCCAAUGACAGUUGAAAAGCUUGGCAAUGUGGGAACAGCAAAACAGCUUAGAAGUGCUAGACUUGGUUUUGAUAAGACUGAAAGCAAAAUGGGUCGACCACCCACUCGGAAACUCUCUGACCGCAAGGCAUACAAACGCCAGAAGCACACUACAAUCAAUGCAGUCGCAGAUUUUCUAGUUGGUUCAGAUGAUGGACAUGAGGAGCUAUUGGCUGCUGCAAAUGCUGUUAUUAAUCCAGCUCUUUCUUUUUCUAGCUCAUUCUGGAGGCAGAUGGGGUCAUUCUUUGGUUUUAUAUCUGAUGUGGACAUAGCCUAUUUAAAGCAACAGGGAAAUCUUGGAUCCACUGCAACAACACCAGCACUAGUACCUUUUGAUGUAGAUAGUUCCGGUCAAGUUUCUAAUGUUUUUGGUUUGGUUGAUGCUGGGAGAGAUGCAACUGAAACACAAAGUGUUGAACUUAGCCCCGAAUAUUUAGCCUUGGGAAUGAGGGUUCCUCUUAAUGAGAUUCCCCUUUACCAAAGGCUCAUUGCUGCACUAAUUCCUGAAGAAGGAAAUGAUGAGCUUUGCAGUGGAAAUGAAGAUCUCAAAUUUGAUACUUAUGGGUCUGCAUUUGAGCUGGAUAUAGAUAUGGAAUCCGAUGCUUUCAAUCAGCAGAUGGUAAGAGGCCGUGAACUUGCUGGAUGUGCUGCUGCUAAUGGUUACUGGACAAAUAUUAACGGGAAGUCAUUUCAUGAGCUGGAGCACGAUAUGCCAGAAGACAUUCAAGACACGACAAUCAUAUCAAACUUCAAUCAUUCCAAAAAUGGCUUACUCCUAGAACGAGCAAUGAUGCCUGGCAUAGCCUGUUCUGAGUAUCAGUACGCCAACAUGUCCUUGAAUGAAAGAACUAUUCUCGAGGUUCAGAGUGUUGGACUGCACCUGGAGCCAGUGCCUGAUUUACCACAGACCGGGGACGAAGAAAUCAAUAGAGAUAUCAGCAGACUAGAAGAAAAGUAUCAAGAACAGGUUUCCAAGAAGAAAGGCUUGCUUGGAAAACUAUUGAAAUAUGCUUCUGAAACAAGAGAGGUUCAAGAAAAGGAGUUUGAACUGCGUGCCUUGGAGAAACUUGUAGCAAUGGGUUAUGAGAAGUAUAUGAGUUGUUGGGGUCCUAAUGCCUCUGGGGGAAAGAGUACGAGUAGCAAAAUGGCCAAGCAAGCUGCCUUAGCUUUUGUUAAGCGGACGUUGGAGCGAUGCCAUGAAUUUGAGGAGACAGGCAAGAGCUGCUUCCGUGAUCCCUUUUUCAGGGACAUGUUCCUUUCUGGAUCUUCACUUCAUAAUGAAGCACAAGCAGCAGAUGCUAUUACUGAUGGUGAAUCUGGCAAAGUUAACACAUCUGGCUGUUCUAUGGAAGUUAGAACUUCAGCAUCCCUGGGAGCACAGCAAAGCCCAUCUUUAAACAACCAUGAAGUUUACUCUUCUGCUGUGCUCCUGUCAGAAAAUCUCUCUUCUGACCAUGCUCCUGGCAAAGAAGAUGCAUGGUCAACUAAGAAAAAGAAGGAAUUGUUGCUUGAUGAUGUUGGUGGUACAAUUAGCACAUUGUCAGGUGCUCCUUCGGGCAUCAGAAGUUCACUUUCAAGCAGUGCAAAAGGAAAAAGGAGCGAGAGGGACAGAGAAGGAAAGGGGAACAGCAGAGAGGUGUUAUCCAGGAAUGGAACCACUAAAAUUGGAAGGCCUGCAUCAGGCUAUGUGAAGGGAGAAAGGAAGUCUAAAACAAAGCCUAAGCAGAAAACAACCCAAUUAUCUGCUUCUGUCAAUGGUCUUCUUGGCAAAGUAUCAGAGCAACCCAAAACAACAAUGACUUCGAUGAAAAAAUCUAGUGAAACGAGUGCACGUGGCAUGGCCAAGGAUAAGGAUGAUUUUAACUUUGAUGGAUUGGAAGACCCCAUUGAUUUAUCCAACCUACAAAUCCCCGAAAUGGAUGUUCUAGGUGUUCCUGAUGAUCUUGGUGAUCAAGGACAGGAUCUCGGUUCAUGGUUGAACUUUGAAGAAGAUGGAUUACAAGAUCAUGACUUUAUGGGCCUUGAAAUUCCAAUGGAUGAUCUGUCUGACUUAAAAAUGAUGGUUUGAGGGUGCUUAUGUUGUAUAUUCCUGUUCAAUAUACUAUUUACAGAAGAAAAAUUACUGUCAGGAAAUGACCAGUUACAUGGAUGGUCAUGUGACUGCACUCCAUAAUUAGGCUACAGAUUCUUUCGGAUAAUCCUGGACAAGUCGAUUUUGAUUGAACCCUUCGGAUGUUUUCAAUUUUGCUACUUUUUAAGCUGGUGACUUUGGCUGUAAAGGUCUUUUUGUUCAACGUACAAGCUUGAGUGUCCUAGUCAUUAUAUUGUAGCAAACAUUGUAUUCUGUUUGUAACAAAUACAAGUCAGAGAAGACUCCUGUACAUAAAUUUUAUAUUUCAAAUAAAGUCAGCUUUUUAAUCA